UCAGACGACAUAUCCUCGCAGUAGGUGUUGAGCUCUUCAUCCAAAAAGUUUUCCUCAUUUAUUCAUUAAUCGAAAAAUACAGCAACAGUACUAUACUCGUACGAUGCAGGUGAUAUUCAGUUUUGUGCUGUUUGGUGUUUUUUGCAAAACACUCGGAGAAGAAAGUUUUUUACCUCCAUAUAUUCAAACAUGCCACAUAGAUGACAAAGAAAUAUCAAAAUGCAUCAAAGAGCAAAUAGAAGCCAGUCUCCCAUACUUUACUAAAGGAGUGCCCGAACUGAACGUGCCUUCAAUAGAUCCUGUGCAAUUGAAUGACAUCAAAAUAGACGGAAAUGGACUUCUUUUAAAGUUUACUAAUGCUGAAAUGCACGGGCUCAGUGAAAGUAAGCUUACAGAUUUAAUAGUCAACGUCGGAACUGUAGAUCAGGAAUUCAGAUUAACAUUCAAAGGAAAUUUGAAUUUAACAGCAUUGUACGAAGUACAAGGACGUAUCCUUAUUCUGCCAAUCGAAGGAAACGGAGACGCUGUAGUAACCGCGCAGGGCGUGGAAGUUGAAAUUAAUAGUAAAUUAACCCAAGUGAAGGACGCCAAGGGUCAAGAACACUUUAAACUAAUCACGCCUACCUAUAAAUAUACCAUAGAAAAAACAACUUUUGACUUGAAAAACUUGUUCAACGGUAACAAACAGUUAGCUGAAACAACUCUUCAGUUCGCGAAUGACAAUUGGCAGCAACUGAUGGACGAUCUCGCGCCACCCGCAAUUAAGCAGAUCGUGCGAACCUGCGUCAAAGCCAUCAAUAAAUUCUUCUCCAAUGUGACAAUUUCUAGAAUAAUUAGAGGUUAUAAACCCAUUUAAUUUCGUCCGUCGUGAUAUUCAAAUAAAUUUCCAGCGUUUCGUUAUCUUAUAGAUAUAUAGGUGCCUAUUUAAUAGUAUGAUAUUUCUAUGAUACAAACAACUCGUCGAAUUUCUACCAGUCAAUAAAAAUAAAUAUAUAAUUAAUUUAUAUUAAGCAUUAUAUAGGUAGUAACAGUCUACCUCAAGUGCCAUGAAGUGCAAUUGUUGUGAUUGUGAUAAUGCAUAACUGGUAUAAUUAAGCUUUUUAAUAAUUUUUGCUAUCAGAGGUGUCGAGACUUAAAAUAUACAUUAAAAAGUUCGGUAACAAAUACCUGUAAAUGUCACAAAAGUAUAGAUAGAAAAAAUAGUAAUUAACUAUUAAUUUUUUUUUUGGAAGAUUUUUUCCAAAAACAAUAUUCUGUGUAGGAAUAAUAUUUCUAAUUAGAGCUAUGAGCCGCUAUUUAAAUAUAUAUAACAUUUAUUUCAUAGGAAAUAACAAGAGCGAUUCCCAUCACUCGCGCAGGAUAUGUCAUAUCGUAUUUUUUUAUAAAGUACAGUUAAUGUUUAUUUAUAAUUAUACACGUGUGAUAUGAAAUAAAAAUAUUCUUUAAUUUUAAAUAUAUUUUUAUUUGGAAACUUUACCGUAUUGAAAUUACACAUGGUAUGAAUAAAAGUAUUCAAUAACUCCUUUUACUAAACUAGACGUUAUUUUGCGGAAAUGCAUGUCACUGCUUGGUUGAUUAAAAUUAGUUUGUUUAAAUCCGGUACCAUUAGUAAUAAUAACCGCAAUUGAUCUUCAAAUGUUAGCAGUCGCACGCAUACUGAUUGUAGCGGAAUUAAACAAAAUUAUUUUUAUAAACUAACGAAUCCUUUACUAGCAUGUAACUUUGAAAUAUCUAAAAUUAUAAAGCGUGAUAGAUAACAAUUUACACAAAUAAAAACCUAAUAUAAUUUAAUAAACUACUGACUGAGCCUUGCUUUGCACGGCGUUUUUUUUUUUUUUUUUUUUAAUUAAAA